AAUAAUUUAAAAAUUAGUGUCCUUUAGUUUAUAGUUUUAGGGAUUAAAUUGAUUGAAUUUAAAGUUUAGGGGUUUAAAGUAAAACUUAGUAGAAGUUGAAUGACCAUAACUCAAUUAUUCCAAUUUUACUCAACACAUGGCAUUUUCCCAACCAAGUUUUUGGUCUUUGUCGAUGGAAGCUUGGAUAAGCCUCCAGAAGGCUCCCAAAAGCCUCAUUUGGUUUUCCUAUGCCUUCCUCUUCCACCUCCAUCAUUUUCUUCCUCCUUUUUCCAACCAAGGUUAAGGUCCUUUUAUUAGGUAAGUAUAAGUUUUAGUUAUGAAUUUUGGGUUAGAGUUUUGGGUAGUUUAAAUUGGUAAGAUUUAACUUUAAUCCUUUGGUUUAUAAGAUUUUUGGGUAUUAAACUUUUAUUAGAGAUAUCCUUAAUUUUGGGGUUUAUAUGGCAAAUAUAGUGAGUUAGUCCUUUCUAUGGUUUGAUUUGGGUGUGAUUUUUACUGCAGGAAUUAUAAGUAAAUUGUAUUAUUUGCGAAUUACUGUUCAUGAUUACUGUUUACGAUUACUGUUCACGAUUACUGUUCACGCAUUAUGCUUUGAUCUCUUCCAAUAGGGAGUCCUAAUAUUAUUUUGGACAUAUUAUGAAUUUGUUUGACAUGCGUAUGUGUUUGUGGCUAUGAAAUAAGUGGACCUAAGCUUAAAGCUUGGGGUAUUCAGUGGACCCUUUGGGGUAUUUAGUGGACCUCUGCGCAGUAGGGUUAGUACCGUGAUUAGCUCCGGUACAGUGUUGCUAGCACACCUCAGUGGACUCCAUAGCAUUGUGUGAUUUUCGAUUUUAUGCAUUGCGCUUGUGAUAUCGUGUUUGUAAGCAUAUGAUUUUAGUCUAUGAAUUUAAUUUAAAUGUCAUUGAUUAUUACUUGACAUUUGUGCUCAUGAUUUGAGAUAUUAAAUCAUUAUUUAAAUA